UGGAUGAUAAACCGACAGCUUGAGGCUUGUUUAGCAGCAGGUGUUUGUUGAACCAAACCGGAACACUGUUGAGCCACAUUAAAACUGUGUUUUUAAUUCAUAUUAUUAUUAUCUGGACAUAGCAAAGCCAAGAAACAUGCCGAGGUCCAACAGGCAACGAGAAUACAAACCUGGAGAUCUUGUGUUUGCUAAAAUGAAGGGGUAUCCGCACUGGCCUGCGAGGAUUGAUGAGUUACCCGAAGGAGCCGUGAAGUCCCCCUCAAACAAGUACCAGGUUUUCUUUUUUGGGACGCAUGAGACGGCGUUCCUGGGGGCCAAGGAUUUGUGCCCAUAUGAUGAAAAUAAGGAGAAGUUUGGAAAAGCAAACAAGAGGAAAGGCUUCGCUGAGGGACUCUGGGAGAUUGAGAACAACCCCACCGUCACGCAUGACAGCGAGACUUCGAAGAAGGACAACGCGUCAGAAGGAGCAGGGGAUACAGGGGGCUCUGAGAAAGCUGAUGCCGAGGGCAGCAGUGAUGAGGAUGAAGGGGCCCUGGUCAUCGACGAGAAGAACGAGAGGGGAGGAGCUAAACGUAAAGCAGAGGAGUCCACAGAGGCAUCACCCAAGCGGCCGAAGGAUACAGAGGGAGAAGGGGAUCCUAAAGUAGACCACAACAAGUCUAAUGCGGAGGCCAAGCUCAACGAUGUGGCUGGACCCAAGGCAACUGCUCCCUCCUCACAGAGCGAGUCGAAAGCAGAGGCCCAGGAAACCGCUCCAGCAGGAGGCAAGCUAACGGCAGAUAAGCCUGUGACAGACAGCGCUUAACGUCAACUCUCAGAAGAAAACCAAGAAACUCUGACGCUUUUCUCUGGAAUUUCAGCAUCAACAUGAUUACCUGCAGGAUGCCAGAUUUCAGCUGUUUAAUUAAUAGGAGAAUUUUAAAAACCUAAGUGUUUGUAUUGAGAGACAAACAAAUCCUCAUUUGCCAUUUUUGGGAUAUCAUAUAUCCCAGAAACAAAAAAGUUUGCUAAUCUGAUUUCAAACAAUUGAACUGAGCACUUUAAGGCUCAUUUAUAAAUGGGAUUUUUGGUGUGUAUAUAUUUUUUAUUUCUAAGUGCAAUUACAUAAUUACAAAGACUGAAUGCUAGGUGUCAAAAACAUUUUUUUCAGUUCAGAGGGAAUAAACACUGAAUAUAUAGUAAAUAAAAAAAGGAGAACAUUUAAACCACAAAAAAAGAUAAAUCCUCCCAUUUGAUGGUUUUAAAACAUAGAUAUUGUACAGGAAUAAGAACAAAUUUUCACCCAUGCUCUCAGCUUUGGUUCACAAAUUAAAUGUUUUACUUUCAUUUGUUUCACCUAGCUUAUCAGCCUCAUCUUACAUCAUAUUAAACCAUAUACGUAUAUUCAGUCAUGAGUUGCACUUUCAGAAUUAGUUUUUCCUCUGCCCCAUUAAUCAUCGUAUAGCUCACUGUAUGAUGUUUUUAUGCAACGCAGGUUUUGUUGCUUUGGUGUAGUGAAUGCUUCAUUGCAGGUGACCAAAUUUCUGUGAUUCAUUUCACCAGAUUGAAUAUGUAAAGCCCAUUUGAGAAGAACUAUUGCAGGAUUAAAACAGCUACUUUGUAAACCCCUCUGUACCUUUCUUCAGCUGAUGAUUGUUGAUUAUUGAAAGCAGAAAGACAUUCCUGAAUGUUGUCGUGUCGGAGCGCGGUCUUGAAACUUUGGUGCAGGUGGAGCUGUGAGGGUAAAAGUUAUUCGUCGCCACUUUUUCUGGAGAAAUUAUCUGGCAAAUUCUUUCAAAUCCAUCAACUCAACUAUCAAUUUCACGUUAUUACAAGUUCUAAUUAAGCCCACGUUAACGCUGCCAAUGCUUGAUACUUAAGAACACUUAAAUGCAUUCAGUAAUUGAUCGUACCAAAUAUAUUUCCUUUCUGUCUUUCUACACAAAUUGUGAUUUUUUUGGGAAGAAAUUAAAUUGAGAAGAAUCUACAGAAUGAACCAUCUGUAAAACUUUUUGGUUUCUCUUUAACUGGAAUAUGAGUCUGUUUUACUUCAAUGGUCUUAUUAUUUUGGCUGUGAAACAAAGUUGUGAUGUUUUAAAGAUGUGUUUUAUUUUGACUUUUGUUUAGACGACAUGUUCAAAAUGUGGUGUUUGUUAUUUUCCACUAUAAUAGGUAAUUUUUGUUAAGGUUCAAAGUGUUUUUUUGUAAUGCUGGGCCUGCUCACCAUGUUACUUGGAUGUCAUUGUCAUCGCUUUAGUGUUCUUUCCUGUAUUUGGCAACAUGAACCCACAGUUAAUCAAAUUUAUAAUAAUGUAUCUCAGCUUUUAAAGUGGAAAUAACUCUGACUGCUGUGCCUAAAAUGACGUUAACAUACCACUGAUUUCAAACUAUAAAAUGGUCAAAGUGGCCCUCUAAAGUCUGGAGUUGAUUCCAAGGGUGUGAUUUGGCAUUAUGGUGUAAUUCUUGGUUACGCUUUUUCUCUUUUAGUUUCAGAAGCUGUCAUUCAUCUUCAUCUGCUGCUUAGUUUACUGUUGUAGUUGCCAGUCCAUUUAAUAAACAUGUUGAUUACAAAAA